AUGAUCCUUCGAAAAAGCCUUCAAAUGAGGCAGUUUGCUAUCUCCCGCCUUAGACUUUCUCACUCUCGGCAGCUAUUCCAUUCUAGUGGCAUGCAAAGCUCCGAUGCAUUGGAUAUGGCAGACUCAUUUGCUCGGCGUCACAUGGGUCCCAGGCUUGAGGAAUCGAAAUCGAUGUUGUCCACCAUUGGCUUUGAGUCAUUUGAGCAACUAAUUAAGUCAACCGUUCCUGAAAAUAUCGUGGUGGAAUCCGCUCUCAACUUAGACGAACCGAUGUCAGAAACGGAAGCUUUGUUAAAACUCAAGGCUAUUGCGAAGAAGAACAAGGUGAUGAAAUCAUACAUUGGUCAAGGCUAUUAUGACACACAGGUACCAGCUGUAAUUUUACGCAACAUGUUGGAAAAUCCGGGGUGGUAUACUGCCUAUACUCCAUAUCAGGCAGAAAUUUCUCAGGGACGACUUGAGAUGCUUUUGAACUUCCAGACACUCGUCGUCGAUUUGACUGGGCUUCCGAUGGCAGUUGCAUCACUCCUAGAUGAAUCCAGUGCUGCUGCCGAAGCUAUGCAGAUGUGUUUUGCUCUAAAAGGGAAGAGGGGGAAGAGAAACAAAUUCUUCGUUUCGGAGGAUGUUCACCCACAGACGAUCGGCCUAAUUCAAACAAGAUCGGAAGCCAUUGGUAUUGAAAUUGUUAUUGGAAAACAUUCGGAAGCAGACUUUUCAAAUGGUGAUUAUUGUGGUGCCAUUGUCCAAUACCCGAAUACGUACGGAGCGUUGGAAUCGUCAGGAGAAAGCUACGAAUCGUUCGCUGAACGCGCCCACAGUGCCGAUGCCAUGGUUAUCGCCGCGACUGAUCUAAUGGCGUUGACUCAACUUGCCCCACCUUCAUCGUGGGGAGCUGAUAUUGCUGUUGGGUCUGCCCAACGAUUCGGUGUUCCAAUGGGAUUCGGGGGACCACAUGCAGGAUUUCUGGCAACAUCUGAUGCUUAUUCUCGAAAGAUGCCUGGCCGAAUUAUCGGUGUAACUGUUGAUACUUCAGGAAAACCCUGUCUUCGAAUGGCAAUGCAAACCCGUGAACAGCAUAUUAGGAGAGACAAGGCCACCUCCAACAUUUGCACCGCACAAGCUCUACUUGCCAACAUGGCAGCUGCGUAUGCAAUUUAUCACGGACCAGAAGGCUUGUUGGCGAUCAGUGGCCGCAUCCAUGCGCUGGCACGUGUGGCGAGUCGAGAAAUUGAGAAAGCAGGAUAUGUGGUGAAUGAGUCGGAAUUCUUCGAUACUUUUUCCGUUGAUGUAUCGUCCAAAGGAAUGAAGGCAGCUGACAUCCAAAAGAAUUGUGAGGAAAUUGGAGCCAACGUUCGAAUCAUUGACGACAGCACGGUAGGAGUUUCCAUGGGUGAAGGAAUCAUGAGAGAUGAUCUAUCUGCUCUCUUGAGUGGAGGUUUCCAGAUCUCCAACCCCGAUAUGUCUGCAGACGAAUCGCUGACUAAGUUGGCAUCCAGCCUUUCUCGUGAAGGAGAAAUUCUUGAACACCCGGUUUUCCGACAGCACCACUCAGAGACUCAAAUGCUUCGAUACCUUAAGUCUCUAGAAAACAAGGAUCUCGCGUUGAAUCACUCGAUGAUUUCCUUGGGAUCGUGUACAAUGAAGUUGAAUGCUACUAGUGAAAUGAUUCCAGUUACAUGGCCAGAGUUUUGCGAUAUUCAUCCUUUUGCGCCACACGAUCAAGUUGAGGGUUACCACGAAAUGAUUGAAGACCUGAACAAGGACCUCUGUGAAAUCACAGGUUUUGCUGCUGUCAGUGCUCAGCCAAACUCUGGUGCUACGGGUGAGUAUGCAGGUCUUUUGGCAAUCACGAAAUACCUAGAAUCCAUUGGCGAGGGGCACCGAAAUAUUUGUCUGAUUCCAAAGAGUGCCCAUGGCACGAAUCCAGCUAGUGCUGUAAUGGCUGGCAUGAAAGUUGUCGUUGUAGACAAUGAUGAUGCCGGGAAUGUAGACAUUUCAGAUCUUGGAGCCAAGAUUGAAAAGCAUGCUGAUAAGCUUGCAGCGUUCAUGGUUACGUAUCCAUCAACGUUUGGGGUCUUUGAAGAAGGUAUCGUGGAAAUUUGCGAUAUGGUACAUCAAGCUGGAGGGCAGGUGUACAUGGAUGGAGCCAAUAUGAAUGCUCAAGUCGGUAUUACGAACCCUGGUCGUAUUGGAGCAGAUGUGUGCCACUUGAAUCUUCACAAAACAUUUUGCAUUCCCCACGGAGGUGGUGGUCCAGGUGUUGGAUCAAUUGGAGUUGCAAGUCACCUAGCUCCCUUUUUGCCGGGCCACGUGUCUGAUCCAGAAGCUUCGGGAAAGCUGUGUGGAAACGAUAAUUGCGUGCCAAGAACUGAAGGUGCCGUUGCAGGUGCUCCAUUUGGUUCAGCUGCAAUCCUCCCAAUCUCCUGGAUGUACAUCAAGAUGCUUGGCGAACCAGGUCUCAAGCUGGCCACCAGCCAAGCAAUUUUGAAUGCGAACUACAUGUCAGCUCGUUUGAAUGGGGCCUACGACAUUUUAUUCCUCGGUAAAAAUGGACAGUGCGCCCACGAGUUCAUUCUUGACCUUCGGCCAUUGAAGGCUUCUACAGGUGUAACAGAAGAAGAUGUAGCGAAGCGAUUGCAGGAUUACGGUUUUCAUUCUCCAACGAUGUCGUGGCCAGUUGCAGGAACAUUGAUGGUGGAACCAACUGAGUCAGAGGAUCUUCAGGAGCUUGAUCGCUUCUGUGAUGCAAUGCUGUCUAUUAGGAAAGAAAUUGACGAUAUCGGAAGCGGUCGUGUAAAGUACGAAGAUUCUCCUCUUCACAACGCGCCCCACACUCUCAGUGACCUCACAAAAUGGAGCCACUCCUACAGCCCAGACUCAGGUUGCUUCCCGGCACCUUGGAGCCGAAGCAACAAGUUUUGGCCCACAAUUGGCCGCGUAGACAAUGUGUAUGGUGAUCGCAAUCUCGUGUGCACUUGCCCACCUUUGGAAGCGUAUCAAGAUGACGAACCGCUGAAAGUGGCGUAA